ACGACUAACUCGUAAGUGAAAACCAGAAGCAAAUAUAUUAAAAUAUGUUUGCCAUCUUGCACCACUUCAGUUUCAGUUAUAUAUAAAUGUGUCUGAGAAUAAAUACGAGAGCCGAAAUGGCGUCCAUUUCCUACAAUUUCGAGCUUAGUGCUCCGUCAACCACUCUGCGCAUGACAACUGGCUACACAGAAAAAAAUAGCGCCUGUGACUAUCAGGCGAUCGAGAGGAAGUGGCGGGUGAUCUAGGUCCGCACCUUUUCCGGUAGCACAGUGCCGCUGCAACUCAGCGACUGAAAAAAAGAGAGGCAAGAGCGGGGUGGAUAUAUCAGGGGAACGGGGGGCUACCGCCAGUUGCAGGGAGAAGAGAAGAAGCUCUCGACUGGAUCAAUGACCUUUGGAAUUACGGAGUCUCAGACGUUAUCGUUUCCAGUAAAAGUGAAUGUGACUCGGCGCGAGGCUGCACCAAGGAGCCGCUGAAAAUCGCAACCCCCACGCCGGCAUUUGCUGAUCGAAACAAGGACGCGAGGAGAGACCUCGAAGCAGACGCAGACCAGGAGGAAGUCAGAAGUACCGCAGGCUUUCGAGAGGGCCUAUUCGGAAUCCUUGUAUUUUUUCAACCAAUGCACUUUUUUCUUGUAUGCUUCCAAGUUCAAUUAAAGCAACCUGGAGCCAUUUCGCCCCCUUGCUAGGUUGUUUAUCGAUCGUUAAAGACUCCUAGUAAAUAUCCGAGGGAAGACCCAAGCAGUUUGUGUGGAUACCGGGCCACUCUGGAUUUGAAAUAAUUUAGGCUAACUGGAUAGCUAGCCAUCUUCCACACCCUCUCAUUUCUUCGCGAUUUCAGCAACUGGAUUUUUUUCUUAUGCGACCUUUAUCUUCACAUGACUGACAACUUUAAAUAGAACGUAUUACGCGACAUUCCGACGUUCUUACAACUUUUAAAUGAUUCCUUGCCACAUACUGGAAACCUACAUUCGGUUGCAAAAGUCUGUAACGUUAGGUAGCUAGCUGUCCGGAUUUGUCAAAUACCGUUAGCUACAUUUCUGUCAGUGAACUGUUGAACAGACGUUACCACAUGGCUUAGUGCACCACUGAUAGCUAACGUUAGUUAGGUUGUUUAACUUGUUUUGAAGAUAGUUAUUUGCCGGUACGGUCUCGUGAAAUAUUGAACGGUUCGCAUUAGGCAAGACAUCGCACUGAUUGGCGUGUGGAAGAACGUGAAGGGGAAAAAAAACAAGGACUAACCCCACUUUUCUCAAAGGACGUGGAUAUUUAUGUACUGUUUACAAGAUGGGAAAAGUGCUGUCAAAAAUCUUUGGAAACAAGGAAAUGAGAAUAUUGAUGCUUGGACUUGAUGCCGCCGGUAAAACCACCAUCCUUUAUAAACUGAAGCUGGGACAGUCUGUCACCACAAUUCCUACCGUUGGUUUCAACGUGGAGACUGUCUCUUAUAAAAACGUGAAAUUCAACGUGUGGGAUGUCGGGGGACAGGAUAAGAUCCGGCCCCUAUGGCGGCACUAUUAUACGGGGACCCAGGGGUUAAUCUUCGUGGUGGAUUGUGCGGAUAGAGAUCGGAUAGACGAAGCAAGGCAAGAGCUGCACCGCAUCAUUAAUGACCGGGAGAUGAGGGAUGCCAUCAUCUUGAUUUUUGCCAAUAAACAAGACCUGCCUGAUGCCAUGAAGCCGCACGAAAUUCAGGAGAAACUGGGGUUGACCCGCAUCAGAGAUAGGAAUUGGUAUGUGCAGCCCUCCUGUGCGACCACAGGUGAUGGACUAUACGAGGGGCUGACUUGGCUAACUUCAAAUUACAAAUCUUAAUGAUUGAAUGACUGAUUAGAACAAGCAAAAAAGGCAAUUAACAAAUAACAUGGCUUCUCAGAAGAGUAUAUGAUAAAGAGAAGUUUGAUUAUAUUUCCCUUUCUUUUGACUAUGAUGACCCCUAUAAUUAAUCAUUUUUCUUUAAGCAGACCAAAUUUGUUUGGCUGUCUUUAGUUUGCUUUUGCUCUGUAGUGCGCUUGACACGUUCUUUAAUAAUUAUCUUGACUGGAGAUAUAUUCCAUAAACAACCUUUAAAAGAAACUAGACCAUUUACUGCAGAUGAUGGCCAUUCUUUAAUUUGUAUUGGUGGUGCAGGGAUUUUCUGAUCUUUUUUUAUUUUUAUUUUCCUCAUUUUUGGAACAGGACACAUGCUCAUGCCUUAUAGCUACCAUACACCAGCCUAAAGUGUCAUAUCAAUGAAGGCCUUGGGAUGGGUGCUUAGGAAUCCAUAAGGUAUACCUAAACUUUCCUCAUAUUUUCUCUGGAAAUUGAAUCAAAGGCCAAUAUCUUGUUUGCUAAGCUUAUUUAGAAAGCCACUGUAUUGAAAAAAAGGUUGAAGACUGAGCAGUCAAAGUUGUGAAGUAUUACUGUUGAUACUGUACGGAGUACUACAAAAAAUGCUCAACUUCAGUACUGUUAUUCAAAUUAAGGUUCUGGCCAUAUUAACAUGGAGUGAUAUUGUGAUGGUCCCUAUGCCACAAUUUUUUUUAUGAAUCUAUUUUUACAGGUGAUGUUUCAGUGAGUUGGUAAGCAUUCAUAAUGCACCUCAUUGUUAUGAGCAGUUGUCAGUGUAUCUUGAAAUAUCUCUACUUUGUUCCAAGUCAUGCACCUCUAAAGUGAACAAAUGAACAUGGAGGGACACAGAUUUUGCUACAGUUCAUAAACCUGGGGUCUAACCUGGAUUGGUGUUUAGUACAGGUGUUCUUUGUCUCAAAGGAACCAUUUUUAUUGAUCAUAUAUUUUCCAUAACCUAUUGUCCCACCAAAGCACUUUGAUCCAUUACAUUGGUCCUAAAGGUGUGAGCUUUCAUAUAUGGCAAUUUAAAAUUCAGGCAGGUUUGGCUCCUGAUAAGCAGUCAGAAAAUCCUGCUCCUCUGUAAUUAAAUUAUAAAUUCAUGUUUUUGUUUUAUGGUUUUGUUCUAUUGCGAUGCUGAUUUGAAGAAAUAAAGACAUGUACAGAACAAUAUAAUGUAAUUGUAACAAAUCUUAUUAAACUAGCCAUUUUAA